CUUUUCGAACAUUACAAAAUACUUGUUCGACAGCUCGAUACUUAAUCGAUAAAUAUAAUGUAGCACCAUUACAUGCUGUUAUUUGGGGAUUAUUACGUAAUUACACAAUGUGUAUUACAAAUUUAGAGGAAAAAAUAAAAAUUAUAAAAAUAUUUAACGAACAUCUGCAUUUACCAUUUUUUAUGAAAAAUAAAUUUAACUUUGUUAAACAAAUUAUUCAUGGUUCUAAAAGUCAACUUGAUCUUGAAAUUGAUGAAUUAACUGACAUAGUUAGUGAAGCUGAAACGUUAAUUUGUGAUGCAAUGUGUGUUCUUGUUAUUAAAUUAGUAGAACUUCAAAUAUCUACUAAUGAUGUUGGAGAUUUUAUUCUUGGAUUUAUAAAUAAGGUUUUAUUAAAUCAACGACCAUACUUAAAGAAUGAACUCGAUAAACUCUGCAAACUAAUACAGUCUACCUCGGGUCCAUUAUCAAAUGAAGCGAAAAUAGAAAUUUUAAGUGUUAAAACACGUGAAUUACUGUAUGGUGAAAUAACAGACAAGAGAAUUGAAAUGUUAUCAAUACAAAUUGAACGUUGUGGAAAUAAAUUAUAUAUUAAAUUACAUAAGUUCAUUCAAGAUCUUGCAAUUUUUGAUUUAGAAAAACAAGCUAAAGUAUUAAAAAGAAUUAUAAAUAUAUUUCAAAUUUUUGGAAACUUAUUUGAGAAUAUUAAAUUUCAACGGUCGGAGGUUUUUUAUACAAAAGAGCUUUGGUAUAAAACACAAAUAUUAAUUCGUAAAAUAAAUUCAUGCAAUGUUGUUUUACCUUCGAUUCAGACGAUUAGCCGAAGUUCUCUUCUUCAAUUUUAUGACCUUUUACAACAAUUAUUUGAUACACUGGAACAACGAAGUGGUGGAUUUGCAAUUCAGCAUGCAUUAAAAAAGCCACUUAUUACAAUAGUUACUAAUUUAGAAAGCAUUUUAUCAAAAAUUAGAGGUUUGUAUAAUAAAUUUAGACAAUCAGACAAUACAGAUAUGUAUCAAUUAAUUCAGCAAACUCUCAAUCAAUUUUUAAUCGUUGCUGGUUGGUGUGCGGUGAUGUGGAAAACUACUGUUAUCACAUUGAAACAACAGACAAAUGUUUAUUGUGUUGAUGCAAGAAAAAAUUUAUUGUCCAUUGCACAAUUUCGAGUAUGGGAUAUUAAAUUAGCAAUGUGGAAAUGUUUACCAGAAGCUAUAGAAAAGCUUGAAAUAGCAGCAGCUGCUAUUGCAUCAGAUGAUAGAAUUCGUUAUGAUGAAUGUACAAAGUCAAUCCGAUCGAUACGAAACGUUUUACAAACAGAGUCAUUGAAGAAUAUUCAACGACAGUCAAUGAUAAAACAGAUCGAAACACAUGGAAAAUGUUGUGAUUGGUUACAACGAUUAAUUUAUGAUUCAUCUGCAGGACAUUUCAUUUCACUUGAAUACGCUUUGAAUGAAAACUUCAAUGUAUUUUUGGAAAAUUUUGAAGCAAACGAAAUUGAUAGCCCAUUUUCGCUAAUAUGGAUUGGACUCUUUUUUACUUCGAUAGCUAAAAGUGUACCUAGUAGAGUUUAUGUACGUAUGAUAAAUUCUAAUUUAGAAACUCUUCAAGAAAGAAAUGAUCAACAAUUUAUAGAUUGUGUAUUAGAAAAAGAUGAUGGACUUGAUCUUACAUUUUGCAUUGAUAAAGAAUCAAUUGAGUCAAGAAUUAUAUUAAGCAUUACACAAUUUAACAAAUCAAAGAAAGAAGCCAAUCAAGCUGUUUUGUUAUGUAAUGUUGAUGAUUCAUUUUCGUUGCUGAAUAUUCUUAGUGCACCAUUUAAAGCAGUGGACAACAAAGCAAAAAUGUUUAAACAAAUCUCAUCAAUUAGAUCAGAAAUAAUCAAUGAAAUAACUGAACGUUGGAAAACAUCACUCCUCGAUCGUAAAUUAUUAAAACGAGUUUUACUAUUACCAAUGGAAGUUAGUAAUACCAUUCCAUUUGUCUCUAAAGAAAUUCAAAAUAUUGCCCAGAGUCAAAAAGUUGAAAUAGAUAAGAAAUUAGAAACACAAAUACAAUUGAUAGAUUCAAUAAAUCAUUUAGUAACCGUUUUUGUUAAUAAAGCAUGUUUAAUUGCAAUGUAUAAUGAUUCUAUCGAUAAACAACAUAGUCAAUCACAAGUCGAAUUCUUAUCAAAAGUUGUUGAAGCUAUAUGUCAUAAUUGGUGUAUCGAAUUACAAAUAACAAAUGAAGAUAAUCUUCAACUUUAUAUUAAUGAAGCAGGGGAAUUGGAUGAAUCUUCAUUUUAUAAAAUGUAUGAUAUCAUCGAUCAAGUUAAAAGCAUUCUGAAAAUUGACGAUAGCACAAUUAAUUAUACUAAUAUACAUACAGCAAUUAACGUUGCUAUUGAAAUUUGUCAAAAUGAUUCGAAAAAAGCUGAUAAAAGUGAUCCAAGUAUUCGUAACGACCGACAACAAUCUACGCUAGAUGCAUUCAAAAAUUCACUUUUAAACAAAUUGUGUGAAGCAAAAAAAUUGUUAGAAAAAAUUCUAGUAGAAGCUCGUCAAAUACGACCAUAUCCAAUCUUGAUGAUUGAACUAGCUCUACAAAAGCUAGCAAAUAUUGAACAUUGGAUCGAUAUUUUGAAAAAUAGAAAGGAUUUAUUGAAAACAGAUGAAGAACAAAUUUCUAUAUUAAUAAAUGCUGUAAGUUUGACAGAAGAAAAAAUUAAAAAUCUUAAAUCUCAUAGUAAAAGUAAAUUAGCACAACUUUAUAAAAUCGUACAGCGAGUAAAUGAUUACGCCCAGGAUAUGAAUCUUUGUCAAAUAAUCGAAAAAUUACAUUUAUCAGAUAAAGAUAAUAAUGUUGAUGAAUCAACAAUUAAGAAACUAGAAACUUCUCGUCAAAAACUGCGAGGACUAUUUGACUUAUCAGACGAAAUCAAAAUAUUGGAAAAAACUGAUUAUUUGACACAACUAAUCGAUGAAUCAUAUGCAAAUUGGGGAUGGUGGCAGUUAUUAAAUAUGUCUGUAUUGUGGUUGCAUUCUAAAACACCUGAAAAUCUUGAACAAUCUCAAAGUAAAAAAUUAUACGCAGUGGCAGCUACUUUAAAUGAUAAAGUGGCUAUGGAAUUUUAUCAAAGAAAUCUAAUCUCUGAACAACGUACUACAUUUAAUGCAAAUGAAAUUAACAAGCUAUUUGAAAUUAUUGUACAUGAGCAUUCAAACCAUGUCAUUCAACUUGGAAGUCAAUUAAGAAAAAAAUUUAAUGAAAAACUAAUUACUACUACUUGGAAUGAUAUAAACACUGCUUGUCAGCCAAUUGCUAAAAAAGAUAUAGAAAAGGAAUUGAAUUUUGUCAAUUUAUUUCGUUUUGUUGAAAUUCUUCAUAAUCGUAAACGUGAUUUAGACAACAUUACGAGUAGUUUUCCUUGGCAUGCAUCACAUAUAUUACAACCGAGACUUUUACGUUGUUCAGAUUUGAUGACUUGGUUAUGUCCAGAAUAUUUAAAUGCUAUUUCAGGAAUUGUUAUGAAUGAAAUCAAUGCAGAAUUGUUUAUUCAAGAUUUAGAAACAUCAAAGCCGAGCUUAACUUUUGAACAAAGAUUAGAUCUUUAUGAGCCUCGUUUUAAUGAACCAACUAGUAAAUGGCAAAGCAAUGCGUAUAUAAUUCGCAAAACUAUAGAAAAUCCAACUUCAACAAAUUUUAUAAUUUCUUCUAAUCAAGUCAAAUUGAUAGCUGAUUUUUUAUUGAAUUUGUUAAUAGAAACAAUUACAAUCUCAAAUGAUAGUGGAACAAAAAAACCACCAUUUUUAUCUUUACAACAUAAUAUACCUUUGGAGAUAAUUCUUGGGCUUUCUAUGGCCAAUAUUGUAAUCUAUUUCUAUGAAAAUACUGUACAUAUGGAACAGGAAAAAACAUGUGUGCGACUACCUAAAGAAACUUUACAUGAAGCAAAUCUCAAACUAUGGGAAGAAUUAAAGAAAACUGAAGACGAAGAAAAAGGAAUUCAGACAACAAUACACUCUUUAGAUCUUGAUAUAAAAGAGACAAGAGUUAAGAUACGGAUUGAUCAAGAUCUUAAAGCUGCGGGUGCAUCAGGUCUUGAGGAAGGUUCUGAAGAGUUCAAAGACAGUAUCCUUACAACUAAGAAUUUAGACCAAAUGAUUAGUGAAAAAUUACAACAAAUUUCUAAUUUAUAUUCUAAAGUAGAAAAUAUUUUACAAAAAUUAGAAAAUAAUGAUCCAUUACGAAUAUUUAUUGAUUGGACGCUAGCAUCUAUACUAGAAGGAUUAAUAUGUAGUACUACAAACAUAAAAAUGUACGAUAAAUGGCAAACAAAUUUUAAAAAUGAUCAAUCGUAUAAAACUGCACAGACAUAUCGUCGAAUUAAGAAAUUUUUAAGAGAAACAAUUGAAACUGCAAUAACGACUGAUUUUAAUGUUUCAAUUGUAUCAGAACUUCUAGAGAAAUCAAUUGAAAUGUAUAAAAUAUGGGACACUGAAAUAGUUAAUAUUUCACACUCAACAUGUGACAAUCAUAUUUUAGAACGAUUUGUACAUAUGAUUCAACGUUUUAUAUUGCAAUGCGUAGUUUGUCUAACAACUCUAGCAAAAUUUUAUGGAGUAACGUUAAAAGAUGAACAAGAAAAAAUAUCUGAUUAUACAAAACAAAUUUUAUUGUCAACUAAUAGAAGUCAAUAUAAGUGGAUUGAUUCUGGCAAAGAGUCAGAUCUAUUAGCAGCUAUCGAUGGUUUACGUCAUCAACUUCCACAAGUGCAAGCUGCUUUAUCAAGUGUAUUUAUAUCAACAACAACUGGAAGUCUAUUGUCACCACUCUUACUUAAGAGUGAUUUGGAUCAAUGUCUCUUCGAUAUUGGUGAUGCAGUUUUACCAUCUGCAUAUUUAUUGAAAAAUUUUAGUGAAAAGUGUUUACUUUCAUUUGUGGGACAUGAUAUUUCACAAAUCAGUAAAGUUUAUUCAAAAGAUAUUGUCGUUCUGAUUCAUAAAAUGAUUGAAACUACGAGUAAAAUUGCCAAGAUUGAAAUGAGUAUAUCGAAAGUAGAUGCAGCGGUCAAUGUCAUUCAACAUAUCGAUAUUUUAUUACAAUUCAUUCAAACUGGAAAAGAGCUAGAAUUAGUUGGUCGUAAUGCUCGUCCCGAAUUACCAUGGAAUGUUUUAAAUAGAGCGUCUGACAUUGUUGGUCGUGAAAUAUUGAAAUCAGCGACUGUAGCAACUGCGAAAACGUUUUCGGCAAACAUUUCUCAAGCAGUUGCAUCUUCAAAAAUAAUUGCUUCAUAUGUACACAGAAAUGAAAAUACACCAGGUCAACAGAUUUCCGAAAGAGACACCAAUGGAUCGUGUAAAUUACGUUAUGCUUCAUUACGCCUAUGUGACAUUGCUAGAAGGUCUGACUAUUUAAAGCAAUUACUCUGUCGAGAAAAUGAGUUGUCCGACUUAAGAUCAGAAUCUAAUUUACAGGAUCAGUUUGAAAAGUUACAUGAAGCAGCUGUUAUACUUGAUAAAACUGUUAAAACAACAGGAUGUCUACUCGUUGAUCUAAUGGAUUGUUUUAUUGAACGUGAAUCAUUACGUUGCAUUACCAACAAUUUUAAUAAUUUUGUCGAAAAAGUCACCAUAGCUAUGACAACAGAACUUCAGAAUGAAGAAAAAGCUAAAGAAUUGGUGUUAGAUACUAUAAAAUUGGCAAGAGAUUUUGAAUCAGAAACACAAGAAUGUAGAUUGAUGACAACUGGAAUAAUUGCUGUCAAAGCGUGUGCUGGUAAUGAUCAACAUAAGCCGAUAGGCAAUCUAAAAGUAACAGGUAUUGUCGUGUAUUCAAAAGUUGAAUUAUCAGAAAAAACAAUUGAAUUUGGCGACUUAGUUUGUGGAAGUGGUAUUCACAAUAAAAUUUUGACGAUAAAAAACAAUGGUAGUCUGCAAACUAGGGUACGUCUUGGUGUUAAAUGUUUAAGAGAAUGUUUAUCUGGAUUAGAAGUUUCACCGACAGAAUUCAUAGUUGCUUCAAAAUCAACAAGUAGAGUCAGCAUUAUUUUGCGUUGUGCAGAUCAAAUGGAUGAAUUGCAAGCAGAAUUAAUCGCAGUUUCCGAUGGCGCUGAUCCGCAAAAACUACCGAUAACAGCCAGUAUUCAAGAGCCAGAAUUCAGAAUUCAUUUACCAUUUGCAAACGAUCAUUUGGAAAUAGGAGAUGAAAUAAAUCUUGAUGUUCCAUUAGAUGAAGCUCGACUUGUUACAUUUAUAAUUAAAAAUUUGAGCAAUAUGGAUUUACAUGCUAUUACAUAUAUUCCAAAGGAAAAAAAUAUUGGAUGA